UCGAGAGAGAAUGCGCAACGUACAAAUAUAAAUGGUAAUCAAGAAAGUUUUCCAUAACAACACUCAUUGCCUUAUAUUGUCAGUAUCAUUAAUAUGCCACAAUCUACUGUUGAGACCUAUAUUGAGCCCGUCGAGGAAACACUGUCACCUGCAGACGCUACAAUCGUUAGUAAGUUCAGUUCAGUUCCAGUGGUUAGAUCAUUGUUCAGCUGGACAAGUUCUUUGUAUACACAAGCCAAAAAAAAUAAUUACACUUUCAAGCAGGCAGCUAUAUAUACUGAGGGUAAAUUGGGCGAGGUAACCGAGUAUAUCUUACCCACACUCGAGUCCGAAGCUGUUGCCGAGAGCUUAAACACAGUUGAUACCUAUAUGUCAACACAAUUUGACAAAUUGGUUGACGCGUACCCCUCCGUAAACACUCCCACAGUAGAGGUGGUCGCUGCUUGUAACGCACAAAAAGAUAUUCUCAUCGAAAAAGUCCUAGUGGUGAACGCGAGUGUGGUAGAAUCUAUAACGCCACACACGGAACAGGCCAAAAGUUUGGUGACGGCAACUUUAGAGCAGGCUAACCCCAUAUUGGAAUCUGCCAAGGAUAUAAUCAGUAUUGAGAAAACGAGCACCGGCGCAAAUGAUGAGGAAGAUGUGUAGGCCUUCAUAAAAUUAAACUAAUUGUAAAAAUUAGAGAUAGGUAUUUCGCGGUCUUGUUCAAUUAUAGAUCUCUGCCAUCGACGGGGAAUGUCGAGGUACAAGAGCUUCAAAUUUACUGAAAACGUGCUACAUUAUAUAAUAAAACUGAAAGGAAGCUAGGCAUAGGUUCUGGAUGAAUCGCAAGGUAAGCGCAUUGUUUGCUCGUGACAAAAUACUUUAGUGAAUUGUGUAUAUAAUAGACCAAACAUUAAGCACACAUACCGAUUUAACUUUUGUGACCCUUAGUUAUAUUGAAGAGUAAGACCAGCCCAUAAAGGAUCAUUUAACCUGAUGCACAACAAGUUGGUUAUGUUGCGAACCCACAGACACGGUUGUAUCUAUACAGCAUGUCUCUUAUUGAGAAGGUAUCAGCAGAGCCAUUGUUCUAGCGAGUUUAUUAACUUUUGAAGUUCCCACUUUACCCGUUGUCUGAUGCAGACUAUCACCUUCGUCUUCUGUUCUCUAAAAACCGGACUGAGUAUCGCAAGGUUGUGGCGUCCCUCUCGGAUUGCUUAUUUACAGAGGAUCUUGGUGAAGCCCCAAGUGUUCACUCUCCUUAGCAUGUGUUAUCUGUUCAUCUUUCGCAGAGGUAUCCUCUUCUUUCCCUGUUUUUGGAUCUCCAUCCGCACCUCUUAUAUGUAUAGAUAUAGGAGAAUGGUCCGAGCCUAUGAAUCCUAAACGUUGUGUGCCUCUUCCUUCAAUACUCACAUCUUCUAUGCGCUCUAGUAAAUUUGUAGUUCCUAUGAAGUGGUCUAUUCUCAUACCCUUGCAGUGGUAUUUGCCUUCACCUGAGCAUUUCAAUGAGAUAAGGAAGCCAAAUUACAAUCGGGGAUAUCAGCAACCGUCAAAUGGCCAGAGGAUCUUGGAUUCCACCGGUGUUUGAGGGAUGCUUGUAACGGUACAGAUCAACCAUUUUUGCGGUGUCUAGGAUUUCUUGGAAGAGUUCGCGUUCCCUAUCUGUGCAGCCUGCCUUCGUUGUGGUACAGUGUCGAAUAGUUCGUAUUAGUCAUCGACUGUGUAUGUGUGCUGGCCAUAUAGUAUUUGAUUGCGAGUGCUACGCUGGCGUAAUUCAUAAUAUGCAUUGUUGGUGAUGAAUGAAACCACUGGGGUGCAACUCAAUAUUCAUUGCAACCUCCCGUACAUGACGGCGUGACAAUCGCAGAUACGCACCAAAAUAAAUAAAUUAUAACAUUGACUGCUAC